AUGAGAGUUUUCAGUUUAGGUGAUAAUGUUUGGAGAAAUAUUGAAAGUUUCCCGGUUAUUCCUCUCCGUGUGAAUUUUCGAGACUCUGAGUAUGCUGAUGUGUUUCUUAAUGGCACUCUUAAUUGGUUGGCUGUUCAAAAUGACGUCCCAAUCACUCGUUAUAGUCAUCUGGCGGUGAAGGAUAUUACUGUUGAACAGAUUGUUAUUGUUUCACUUAAUUUGGGGACUGAGACAUACAAUCAAUAUCGGUUGCCUCAGGGUUUUGCUGAGGUGCCGCUUAUAGAGCCAACUGUUGGUGUGUUGGGGGACUGCCUUUGUUUUUCUUAUUCUUAUAAGAGGACCAAUCUUAUUAUAUGGCAGAUGAAGGAAUUUGGCGUUGACGAGUCUUGGACUCAAUUUCUUAAAUAUAGUUAUUAUGAUCUUCAAUUAAAAAAUGACUUUAGUAGUCCUAAGAGCAAUCUACGUUUCAUGCCAUUGUUUCUUUCUAAGGAUGGUGAUACAGUCAUAUUGAAGAUGUUUCCAGAUUUCUCAUGGGAUGACAGAGUACAUGGAUAUGUUGAGCCGUUUUGGGUGAUUGUGGAGGAUAAUGAUGGGGAAAAUAUUCUUCAUCACGAGUAUUUUAUGCUGAAAAAACAAUAUGUUGAUGAGGAUCAUACUUUGAAUUUCAUAGUACCAAUAUAUGAACCUCUUCCUCCUCAAUACUUUAUCCGUGUUGUUUCUGAUAGGUGGCUUGGAUCCCAAACUGGUUUACCUGUUUCUUUCAGGCACAUAAUUUUACCUGAAAAGUAUCCUCCACCUACUGAGCUGUUGGAUCUGCAGCCACUGCCUGUGACAGCCUUACAAAGUCCUUCUUAUGAAACUCUUUAUCAGGAUUUUAAGCAUUUUAAUCCUAUACAGACACAAGUCUUCACAGCUCUGUAUAAUUCUGAUGACAAUGCCUUAGUUGCUGCUCCGACCGGGAGUGGUAAGACUAUAUGUGCAGAAUUUGCAAUUUUGAGGAAUCAUCAAAAAGGGUCUGAUAGUGUCAUGCGUGUUGUUUAUGUAGCACCCAUUGAAGCUCUUGCCAAGGAACGGUAUCGUGAUUGGGAGAAGAAAUUUGGGGGUGGUCUUAAAUUAGCAGUAGUUGAAUUAACUGGAGAAACAACAACAGAUCUGAAACUGCUUGAGAAAGGUCAGAUUAUUAUUAGUACUCCAGAGAAAUGGGAUGCUUUAUCCCGCCGUUGGAAACAGAGGAAACAUGUUCAACAAGUUAGUCUUUUCAUCAUUGAUGAGCUACACUUGAUUGGAGGUCAAAGGGGUCCUGUUUUAGAGGUUAUUGUGUCUCGGAUGAAAUAUAUUGCUAAUCAGGUUGAAAAUAAGAUUCGUUUUGUGGCUUUAUCAACCUCAGUUGCAAAUGCCAAGGAUUUGGGAGAUUGGAUUGGAGCUACCUCCCAUUGCCUAUUCAAUUUUUCACCCGUUGUUCGUCCUGUGCCAUUGGAAAUACACAUUCAGAGUGUAGAUAUUGCCAAUUUUAAGGCGAGGAUGCAGGCGAUGACCAAACGAACUUACACUGCGAUUGCUCAACAUGCUAAAAAUGGGAAACCAGCCCUUGUAUUUGUGCCUACAAGAAAGCAUGUCCGAUUGACAACUAUGGAUCUGAUUACAUACUCAAGUGCAGACAGUGGAGAGAAAUCGUUUUUAUUGCAGUCCACAAAAGAACUUGAACCUUUUCUUAACAAGAUUAGUGAUGAAAUGUUAAAAGUCACAUUACGUGAAGGGGUUGGCUACUUGCACGAGGGAUUGAGUAGUCUUGAUCAUGACAUUGCGGCGCAACUAUUUGAAGCUGGUUGGAUUCAGGGCUGUGUUUUAAGUAGUUCCAUGUGCUACAAAGAUACAUUGUUAGCUCAUUUGGUUGUUGUGAUGGGCACACGGUACUAUGAUGGGGAGAAUGCACAGACAGACUACCCUGUUACUGAUCUUCUGCAGAUGAUGGGUCAUGCCAGUCGUCCUUUGGUGGACCAUUCUGGAAAGUGUGUCAUCUUAUGCCAUGCACCUUCUAAGGAGUAUUACAAAAAGUUUUUGUUCGAAGCAUUCCCGGUUGAAAGUCAUCUUCAUCACUUUUUACAUGAUAAUUUGAAUGCUGAAAUUGUUGCUGGAAUUAUUGAAAACAAGCAAGACGUUGUGGAUUAUCUUACAUGGACAUUCAUGUACAGGCGUCUCACCCAGAAUCCCAACUAUUACAAUUUACAAGGAGUUAGUCACAGGCAUCUUUCUGAUUACCUCUCUGAGUUGGUGGAAAAUACAUUGAGUGAUUUGGAAGCAAGCAAGUGUGUUUCUAUAGAGGAUGAUAUACAUUUGUCUCCUCUUAAUCUUGGAAUGAUAUCAUCCUACUAUAACAUAAGUUACACAACAAUUGAAAGGUUUUCAUCAUGUAUUACUUCAAACACGAAAAUGAAGGGGCUUUUGGAAAUUCUGUCAUCAGCAUCAGAAUAUGCUUACCUUCCAAUACAGCCUGGGGAAGAAGAGGUGGUUCGCAGGUUAAUAAAUCACCAAAGGUUUUCUUUUGAAAGCCCCAAAGUUAAAGAUCCACAUGUCAAAGCCAAUGCCUUGCUUCAGGCUCAUUUUUCACGGCAGUUUGUAGGUGGGAACCUUGCAUUGGACCAGAGAGAGGUGUUGCUUUCUGCAAAUAAACUGCUUCAGGCAUUGGUGGAUGUAAUAUCGAGCAAUGGUUGGCUGAGUUUGGCUCUUCUUGCUAUGGAAGUUAGUCAAAUGAUGACACAAGGAUUGUGGGGACGUGACUCUAUGCUGCUACAACUUCCUCAUUUCACAAAGGAUUUGGCUAAGAAAUGCGAGGAGAACCCAGGGAAGAGUAUAGAAACCAUCUUUGAUUUAUUGAAGAUGGAAGAUGUUGCGAGGCGUGAAUUGUUAAACAUGCCAAAUUCAUACUUAUUUGACAUUGCUCGCUUUUGUAAUCGCUUUCCUAAUGUUGAUUUGUUGUAUGAAGUCCUGCAAAAUGACAGUGUCCGGACUGGUGAGGAUAUAACAAUAUGUGUCACUCUGGAGAGGGAUAUCGACGGUAAGACAAAAAUAGGACCUGUUGAUGCUCCUAGGUAUCCAAAAGCCAAGGAGGAAGGAUGGUGGCUUGUUGUUGGUGAUACCAAAACCAACUCGUUACUUGCAAUUAAGCGGGUUUCCUUGCAGCGGAAAUUAAAAGCCAAACUGCAGUUUGCUGCACCUGCUGAUGCUGGAAAGAAAUCUUACAUACUUUUUUUCAUGUGCGACUCAUACAUGGGUUGUGAUCAAGAAUAUAGUUUCACGGUUGAUGUUAAGGAAGCAGAUGGUGGCGAUAAAGAUAGCAGCAAAGAAUGAAGAGUAUUUGCUAAUGUGAGAAGAAAUGGAAUGAUUAUGGAAGUUGAACUUGUUAGUGAUCGCGAAAUUAACCAUGAUGAAGCUCGACUUGUGAUGGAAUGGACCAAACAGAAAGUUAAGUCUCAAUCCCUCUAGAGGAUUUUCUUGUUCGACCCGUAUUUCGUCUGCUUUCCAUGUCGCUAAUCAGCUGCUGUUACUGCAGAAUUAGGAGUGCAG